GUAAAAUCCGGUAGAAUCCGGUAUUUCCAGUAACCGACUGAAAUGCAGGGAAACAAAAGUGGCAGUAUUUUUUCAGCAUGGCGGCAAUAGAGAUUCCGCUGCGAGAUACAGAUGAGGUUAUUGAGCUAGAUUUGUCUCAGCUUCCUGAAGGAGAAGAAGUACUCAGCAUUUUAAGACAAGAGGUUGCCCCAUUGCACAUUUGGUACACACUUGCUCUGGAGUAUUACAAACAGAACUAUGCGGAAGAUUUUGUUAAGAUCCUGGAGGCGUCUAGGACAGAUGCAGGCUUUGAUUACCCAAACAGCGACAAAGAUCAGAUGAAGGCUCUAGACACUUUGGCUGCCUACUAUGUUCAGAAGGCUCAUAGAGAGAAAAACAAGGACCAGAAACGUGAGCUGUUCACCCAGGCAACCCUCCUGUAUACAACAGCAGACAAGAUCAUCAUGUACGACCAGAAUCACCUGCUGGGCAGAGCCUACUUCUGUCUGCUGGAAGGCGACAAAAUGGAGCAGGCUGAUGCACAAUUUAACUUUGUUCUUGGACAGUCCAACAACAACAUUCCAUCAUUGCUGGGCAAGGCCUGUAUUGCCUUCAACAAGAAGGAAUAUCGUGGUGCCCUGGCGUAUUACAAGAGGGCACUGCGCACCAACCCUGACUGCCCUGCGUCUGUCCGUCUUGGAAUGGGGCACUGCUUUAUCAAACUCAACAAGAUUGACAAAGCUAGGAUGGCGUUUGAGCGUGCCCUGCAGCUGGACGGAAAGUGUGUGGGUGCUCUGGUAGGGUUGGCUAUCCUGGAGAUCAACAACAAGAGCCAGGAGUGCGUCAAGAACGGUGUGCAGCUCCUCUCCAAGGCAUACACCAUCGACUCCACCAACCCCAUGGUCCUCAACCAUCUCGCCAACCACUUCUUCUAUAAAAAGGACUACCAGAAGGUUCAGCACCUGGCCCUGCACGCCUUCCACAACACAGAAAAUGAAGCCAUGAGGGCAGAGAGCUGUUACCAGCUGGCAAGGGCCUUCCAUGUGCAGGAAGAUUAUGACCAAGCCUUCCAAUAUUAUUACCAGGCCACGCAGUUUGCAUCACCCAACUUUGUGCUGCCCUUCUUUGGUCUUGGACAGAUGUACAUAUACAGGGGAGAUAAUGAAAAUGCGUCCCAGUGCUUUGAAAAGGUACUCAAGGCCCAGUCACACAACUAUGAGGCCAUGAAGAUACUGGGGUCUCUCUACUCCAACUCCAGUGACCAGGCCAGGAAGGAGACUGCUAAGGCCCAUCUCAAAAAAGUAACAGAGCAAUUUGCAGAUGAUGUAGAGGCGUGGAUUGAGCUUGCCCAGAUUCUCGAGCAGUCUGAUGUACAGGGGGCCCUGUCAGCGUACGGCACGGCAACACGCAUCCUCAAGGAGAAAGUGGAGGCAGACGUGCCCCCAGAAAUACUCAACAACGUGGCAGCAUUGCACUUCAGGCUGGGAAAUCUACAUGAUGCUAAAAAAUUCUACACGUCAUCCUUGGAGCGUUCGCGCGCUGAGGCCCAGCAUGAUGAGACCUACUACAGCGCAAUCUCCGUGACCACCACAUACAACCUGGCACGACUGCAUGAGGCCACGCACGAGUAUGAUGACGCUGAGAGGCUCUACAAAAAUAUCCUGCGUGAACAUCCUAACUAUGUCGACUGUUACCUACGGCUUGGUUGCAUGGCGAGAGACAGGGGGCAGAUUUACGAGGCUUCAGACUGGUUUAAAGAGGCCUUACAAAUUAAUCAGGACCAUCCAGAUGCUUGGUCCCUCAUUGGUAACCUGCAUCUAGCCAAGCAGGAGUGGGGACCGGGACAGAAGAAGUUUGAGCGCAUCCUUGACCGCCCUAGCACCAAGGACGACGCCUAUUCCCUUAUCGCCCUCGGCAACGUUUGGCUGCAAACGCUGCAUAUACCCAUGAAAGACAAGGCUAAGCUAAAGCGCCACCAGGACAGAGCCUUGGCCAUGUACAAGCAGGUCUUGAGAUAUGAUGACAGAAAUAUCUGGGCCGCUAAUGGCAUCGGUUGUGUUCUGGCACAUAAAGGCUGCAUCAAUGAGGCGAGAGACGUGUUUGCCCAGGUAAGGGAGGCCACUGCAGACUUCUGUGAUGUCUGGCUGAACAUUGCUCACAUCUACGUGGAACAGAAGCAGUUUGUGGCAGCCGUACAGAUGUAUGAAAACUGCCUGAAGAAGUUUUUUAAGUACCACAAUACGGAGGUGAUGGUGUAUCUGGGACGGGCCUACUACAAGUGUGGGAAACUGAGGGAAUGCAAAAACAUCCUCCUUAAGGCACGUCAUGUUUCGCCCAAUGACACUGUUCUCCUGUACAACAUUGCGUUGGUCCAGCAGAAAUUAGCCACCUCAAUUCUCAAGGAUGAGAAGAGUAACCUGAAAACUGUUCUGUCAGCUGUCAGGGACUUGGAGCUGGCACACAGAUAUUUCUCCUACCUUAGUCACCAUGGUGACAGGAUGAAGUUCGAUCUGGCCCAGGCUGCAACAGAAGCCAGACAAUGCUCUGACCUGCUGAGCCAGGCUCAGUACCACGUGGCGCGGGCUCGCAAGAUUGAUGAGGAGGAGCAGGAGUUGCGCAAGCACCGGGAGGAAGAGCGUGAGGCACUGCGCCAGAAGCACAGUGAGCAGGAGGCGGUGCGACGGCGCCAGAAGGAGGAGAAGGAGAGGAUGAUGAUGGAGAAGAGGCAGAUCUACGUGGAAAAGGCCAAGAAUAUUGUGCUGGAACCAGAGCCAGAGGAGCGCAAGUCCUCCAAGAGUUCAAAGAAACGGCGUGAUGACGGGGAAAUUCUCUCAGAAGGUAGCGAGGAUGAAAGACCGCAGAAGAAAAAAUCUCGUGGCAAGAAGGACAAGGGUGAUAGUGACUCGGACACAGGGGCCAGUGAUGAUGGGGAACCCAAGAAGUCAAGGAAACGAAAAGAAAAAGGAGAGAAAGGUGAAAAGAAAAGGAAGAGAAAGGAACCCAAAGAUAAAAAGAAUAAGAAGAAGGGUACAGAAGAUGAAGAUGGUCUUACUGCCAAGCAACGUCGUAAGAUUGUUUCCAAGGCGAUGAUCUCGUCCAGUGAAGGCUCGGAAUCGGAGGAUGAGAAACUGAAGAUUGAUGUGGGAGGUGAUAGUGGCAGUGAUGACGGUGGAAAUGUUGGCAAAAGACGCAGGAUAUUGUCUUCUGAUAGUGACAGUGAUGGUGGAUCAGUCCACAGGUCAAGGUCGAGGUCACAGAGUGGAAGUAGGUCAGGGUCAGCCAGCAGAUCAAGAAGUAGGUCAGCAAGUGGAAGUAGGUCAAGGUCUCGGAGCAGGUCGCGUUCAGGAUCGGCUAGAUCAAGGUCAGCGUCACGGUCAAGGUCAAGGUCAAAAUCUGGCAGCAAGUCAAGGUCUGCCUCUAGGUCAGGAUCAGGUAGUCCAGCUGGCUCAGCCAGGUCAGGAAGUCCAGGUUCAAGGUCGCCAAGUGUCAAUAGAUCAAGGUCACAAAGUCCUGCACAGGCAGCCUCUCCUGGGUCCCCUCCUGGAGAGUAAAAUAUGUCUUUGUUUGUGUCUGUCUUGGUUAUAAUGAUGUUUUGGGUUAACUUCUGUUAACAAGGAUUGAAAUAAUUAUCUCAAUCACAGUGUGUGACAUAUAUGAAAUGUAGAAACAUGUUAAACUAAUGUUGGAGAUAUUAGGGCUGAAUUACUUAACAAUUAGGCAUGACAUUUAAAUUUGCCAUUUAUUUUGUUUGCAGAUCUGCUUAAUAAUUAUGAUAAGUAACUCACAUUUGGUGUUGAAUUAUGUAACAAUGUAAUAGAUUCUUGAAACCCGA